AUGGGUGGUUGUAUUAUUCCAAAUAAUGAUUUACAUAUUACACGUCAUGAAAAUAAAUUUAUUCUACGAUACGAAAAUCAAAUCAAUUUCUUUCAUUGCAAUUAUAAUUUCAGUGUUGAAGCUGAUAUUGAUCAAUGCAAUGAUUGUGGUAAUGCAGCUUUUGUACAUCGACCAUUGAGAACGAUGAAUAAUAAUUUUGAUAAAACAUGUAUUGAUAUGAGUCAUUGGACGAAAUGUUUCGAUCAAAGUGUACGAUGCAAUAGUUUAGCAAAUUUACCUUAUGAACAAUGCGAAGGCUUAAGGGGUAUACCUGUACGUGAAAGUGAAGGUGUUUCAAGCGAUCUAUUUGUUAAGUUGCUUAUUGCAAAUAUUACAUCAUUGUUGAAUCAAACGGUUGUAUCGCAAGAAAUUGUCGCACUCUGUCCGCGAUGUAAUUUUUAUGGCAAACCCUAUUAUUCAUCUAUGGGUACAUGUGUUCAAAAACUUCAUACAAUGCGCCAAGGUUGGCCAAAGCAAUUUCAAUGGUGUGAUUGGUAUCAACGAUCCGAUAAAUGUAUCUCAGAUUGA